GACCCAGAAUUGCCCGUAAGGACGAAAGGGAGAAGGUUGAUAAAAUGGUGCAUGACAAACGGUUGAUUGGCUGUGGCUUGGGCUUUCUCCAUGAUCAAUUCCACUUAAUCGCCGACCACCUCUCGUCGCCGCAGGUAUCAUGGGAGUGAAGAUAGGAUUCCUGUUUCUUCUUGUUUUGAGUGCACUUGCAACCCUCAACGCUAGGCAACUGCCACGCAAUCUUGAAGCAAUGCAGUACCACAUGCUGGAAAAGGGAAGUUCAAGGAAUGGAGAUGUGUGCGCAUGGUGUGAGGAGUACGCCGCAUUGACACUCAAGUAUCUGCACAAGAAUAAAACUCAAUCUGAAGUAAUUGAACUUCUUCACUUGACCUGCUCCCAAGUUCCGAUGUUCAAGACAGAGUGCAUUAUUCUGGUGGAUUACUAUGUUCCAAUUUUCUUCUUAGAGGUUUCUUCAAUGCAACCUGAAGAGAUCUGCAAGGAUAUCUCUCUCUGCAAAUCAGCGGAGAGAGUUUCUCCAAAGCUUAAGGAAGAUAGUUGUGAAUUUUGCCAUGAUGCUGUUUCGCUAGUCUUGGAUAGGUUGAAAGACCCUGAUAUUCAGUUGGACAUAAUUGAACUACUCCUGAAGGCUUGUGAUUCCCUUGAGAGCUACGAGAACAAGUGUAAGAAGAUGGUCUUUGAGUACGGGCCACUAAUUCUUGCCAACAUGGAACAAUUUCUGGAGGCAGCCGAUGUGUGCGCCGUGCUGCAUGUGUGCACAAAGUCCGAAAUCGAAGUUGAAGAACCAGUACCCACCAAGGAGACGCCAUUGCUAUCCGACUCUUGAAGCUUCGUCAUACGGGACGCAUAGUUCACGUAUGUCCUGAAAUGUGCGUUUCAUUCGCCAUUGCAUAUGCACAAUCACAACCCUACGUUAGUGUCAUUACACAUGACCUGGUAGAGCUGGAAGUGAAACCUCAUAAUGACAGAUGCAUAUGAUAUUAGACGUAGAAAUGCGUCAUCUGGAAGUGUUGGUUAACCGUUGCUGCGAUAGCUAGUGCUGUAGUAACACCUGGCGUCAUCGAUGUCCUACUUAUGUUCACUGACUAUGCUUGUUAUACAAUAGUUGUAUCAGUCGGACAAACGAACCUCGAUCUAACUACUUAGAUUCUGCUUA